AUGAACGCAUCUCAGCAGAUCCACUUCUCCUCCAACUGGAAAGUUGAGUCGGUAAUCAUUUCUGUCAUAUUCUCGAUUAUUUUUUUGGUUGGAACCGUGGGGAACUGUCUUGUGCUCGCGGUUAUCAUUCGCAACGGCCAGAUGAAUUCAAAAAGCACCAACCUGUUCAUCCUGAACCUCGGGCUGGCGGACCUCUGCUUCAUCGUCUUCUGCGUGCCUCUCCAGGCUACCAUCUACACCAUGGACGAGUGGGUAUUUGGACAGUUUGUGUGCAAAGCUGUGCACUUUAUCAUCUACCUGACCAUGUACGCGAGCAUCUUUACGCUGGCAGCGGUGUCUCUGGACAGAUAUCUCGCCAUUCGGUAUCCUCUGCACUCAAGAGAGACCAGAACUCCCCGUAAUGCUCUGACAUCCAUCAGCCUUGUUUGGGCUCUAUCGCUGUUCUUCUCCAGCCCUUAUCUCAGCUACUACCAGCAGAUGGAUCUAGACGGGACCACCGUUUGCAUCCCGGCGUGGAACACCCAUGAUCGUCGAGCCAUGGAUGUCUGCACCUUCAUAUUCGGCUACCUGAUACCAGUCCUCGUUCUCAGCAUCACGUAUGCCCGCACCAUCCGCUACCUCUGGACCUCCGUGGACCCCAUGCAGGACAUGUCGGAGUCCCGCAAGGCCAAGCGCAAGGUGACCAAGAUGAUAAUCAUCGUGGCUGCGCUCUUCUGUUUAUGUUGGCUGCCACAUCACCUGGUUAUCUUGUGCAUGUGGUUCGGCCACUUCCCGCUCAACCACACAACCUACGUCCUCCGCAUUCUCUCUCACCUGGUGGCGUACACCAACUCCUGCCUGAACCCCAUCGUCUACGCCCUGGUGUCUAAACAUUUUCGAAAGGGCUUCAAGAAGGUGUUUGGCUGUGCAUUUCGUAAUCGGGUCAUAAACCGGAUCCACACUGUGCAGCCGGCGCAGACGGUGAGCCUGAUGGAAGCUGCCUCGUGCGAAGGAUCCAAUCAUAACGACGGGUCAAACCGGGGUCGCCUCUGGAGCAAAAGUAGCAGGAAGAUGAUGACGAGUGCCUUCAUGACAUUUAAUGCGACAUAA